GGUCCGUAGCUUGGCUCUCGCUAUUGCCGCUCACACCACUCCCAGUACCGCUGCUGUUGCCACCACUGCCACUGCUGUCACUGCUGCUGGCAUGAGUGCUCCGAUCACGGCUGAGAGAAGCAUCUGGGUUGACAGACCCUUCUGCAGUGCCGCCCUGCCAGGUGAGGAAGGGCGAGAGAGAGCGGGUGAGUUGUGA